GAGUCUUCAGCUGUUUAUAUUUCAAUAUUUUGAAGGCAGUGAAGAUUGAAGAACAAACAUAACCUGAAUUUAGAAGGUUGUAUUCCGAAGUGUGUAUUGUUUUUUUGAAUAUUUGAAAAUAAUAAUUAUUGUGAUCUAGUGGUAAUUUAUAACAUAAACUAGAUUUAUUAUUGAUAAAAUUAUUUGUAAAAGUAUAUACAAAUACUAGGCUUAUUGUUUUUUAAUACUGUAAAAGUUUCCGUUAAUUCAAGUAGACUUUCUUUUGUAUUAUUCUUGGUUUGUAUAAAACAAUCACAUAGAUGGAUAACAUUUUGGAUCGAGACGACGAUUCAUUAAGUGAUAAUGAUAACAGUAAUUCUUUUAGAAAUGAUGAGAGCUUAAACUCUUUGAAUGAAGACAGAUACAAGUCUAGUUUUGAUGCAAGACGAAGUGAUGAUGGUGAUUCCAACGAUUCAGAUUCUAGAGGUUUGGAUAUUUCAAAUAUGGACACAACUAUGGAUGUGCAAGCUGAUGAAUUAUCAGUUAAACUAGAAGAUAAGGAUUCCGAUCAUGGCAACGAUCUCAGUUUACCUACCUGUAGCCAGAACACAACGGACUCAAAUCGGUUCAGUCACGACAUUACAAGUCUGCUAAAUUCCUCAACUACUGCUUCAACUUCAGUAAUAAUUGAUAAAAAGGACAAGAAGAAAGAGGUGAAAUCCAAAAAAGAGAUUGAAGAAGAGGAACGAGAGAAAAUGCAAGUUCUGGUAUCAAACUUCACAGAGGAGCAAUUGGACCGUUAUGAGAUGUACAGAAGGUCGGCAUUCCCUAAAGCUGCAAUAAAGAGGCUCAUGCAAACUAUAACUGGAUGUUCGGUAUCGCAGAAUGUUGUGAUAGCCAUGUCGGGCAUAGCCAAGGUUUUCAUCGGCGAAGUUGUUGAGGAAGCUCUGGAUGUGAUGGAAAUGUAUGGAGACACAGGUGCUCUUCAGCCCAAGCAUCUCAGGGAGGCUGUUCGCAGAAUACGUCUAAAAGGAGGAAUUCCCAACACAAAGGCUAGGAAGAUUAUGUUUAGAAUGUAGAAAACUAGAUCUUAAAUAUUAAAAACAAUGAUUUUCCAUUUACUUUCUUGUAAGACGAUUUUCUAUGAAAACAUUUAUGAUGCAAUAUUUCUCAAAUUAUAAUAAAUAUUAUCAGAAAGUAUGAAA